AUGUACUGCGGGAAAGCUGAACGCAGCGACUCUAUUCCGAUCAACGACGCUGAUAGAUCCUCUCAUUCAAUGACUGGCCGUCGGUCACGUGGACGACCACGGGGCUCGUCGAGGGUCACGUCGAGCGCAAGUGAACGAGGUCGUGGUGAAAACCAAGGCCGCGGAAGCGGACGUAGUCGAGGGCGAGGUCGCGGACGCGGUGCGAACGCCGAGCCAAUUCAAGAAGGUGCUGUAGCCAGUAGGGGCGGACGAGGCCGGCGACGUGGCAGAGGCCGCCCUCGAGGAUUGCCACGCUUACUUCCAGCACCGAGGAGGCCAAACUCGGGUUUCGCUGUGUCAAGAGACUCACAAAAUACCGAGGCGUCAAUCACGACCAGAUUGGCUAUUGAAAUUCCUCACAGACUGAGCCACUGUGAUGACGUAUGCACCGGCUGCAAUGCGUUACACUGGAAAGAAGAGCGACCGGACAGCGCCUCAAAGUCAGAACCUUAUGCAUAUCGCGAAUGUUGUCAGAAGGGUCAAGUACACCUACCAGCCGAGUAUGCGGGCAUGAAUGUGACGCCGCAGUUUGUCCACGACUUGCUAACGCAUGAUACGGACGCCGCAAGGGAAUUCAGAAUGAACAUCAGGCGAUACAAUAACGCCUUGUCGUUUACGUCUCUCGGCACCGAUAUUGACAACUCUGUGAAUGGUCCCUUGGGCGUUUAUACUUUCAGGAUUCAUGGGGCCCUCCAUCAUAACAUUUCAGGGCUACUGCCUGAUGAUGGAAAGCGUGCGGCCUUUUCGCAAGUGUACGUGACGGGGGACGGAGGUCACGAGGAAGUAGUUGAUAGGGCAACUCGGAGAUCUAAUCGACUCAACAAUGAUGCCGACCUCGACAAUCAAACCCAGCGUGCGAGGACUACACCGUUGAAUACAACAAUUAUUGAGAGGUUUAUGAAGUUCUUCUAUGAGGUCAACCCCUUCGCCCGAAUGUUUAAGUACGCCGGCACUGAAAUCAAUGGAUUUGCAUAA